AAACAAAAAAAUGUUUGAAACAAGAUUUAUACCUGGUUUGGUUGUUGUAGUCUUGGCCUAUGUGUUGAAUGGGUUAAAGGGCGCUUUGAAUCAAGAAUAAUUCUUUGCCUUUAUGGGUUAUAUGGUCUUGAGUUUCUUUGCAUACGUGUUAUCAUAUUGGAUGAUUCCAAAGAUUGCUUAAUUGACCGAGAAGGCAGAUAUUUUCGGUUAUGAUAUAAAUAAAAAAGGCUCGGAUGCUGGUAAAAUCAAAAUUCCAGAAUCACUAGGAAUAGUUCCUGCCACAAUUUAUCUCAUAUUCAAUAUUUUAGGAAUAUUGUUUACUAGAGCAUACAUGCCUGAUUUAAUAUUAUCACAUAUAUCUGGAUUGUUGGCUAUUACAUUUAUAGUAUUUUUGGGUUUUGCUGAUGAUGUGUUGGAUUUGGCCUGGAGAUAUAAACUGUUAUUGCCACCAAUCGCAAGUUUGCCUGUGAUUGUGGCCUACACAGGAGGAACCUAAAUAGUUUUACCUCAAUUGAUUAGACCAUAUCUUGGAUAAACAAUUGAUUUAGGACCAAUUUAUUACCUUUAUAUGAUAAUGCUAUCGACUUUCUAAUCGAAUGCAAUUAAUAUUUAUGCUGGAGUUAAUGGAUUGGAAGUAGGAUAAUCUAUAAUAAUUGCAUUGUCAAUUGCGGUUUAUAACAUCAUUGAAAUUUCAACAUAACAAUAACAUUUGUUUAGUCUGAUGAUAAUAGUACCCUACAUCUCAUCAGCUUUAGCUUUGUACAAUUAUAAUCGAUAUCCUUCUAAAGUCUUUGUGGGAGACGUGUUUUGUUAUUGGUCAGGAAUGACAUUUGCAGUGGCAGCUGUCCUUGGUCAUUUUUCAAAAACUUUGAUGUUAUUCUGCAUUCCACAACUUAUAAAUUUCUUGUAUUCACUUCCAUAACUAUUUGGAAUAAUUCCAUGUCCUAGACAUAGACUACCAAGAUAUGAUUAGAGUACAGGUUUGUUAUAUGCAAUCAAAACUAAUUUGACUUUAAUCAAUUUGGUGCUAUUGAUUAAGGGACCUACAAGCGAAAAGAAUUUAUGCAGAGUUUUAUUGUCAUUUUAAAUACUAUGCACGAUAAUUGGAUUUGGUAUAAGAUAUUUGGGGUCAUAGAUGUUCUUUUGA